AUGCGUGUCGUUGCCCGAGAGACCGAACAUAGUCCUGUCCCCACAACUAGCUUCGACAAACUCAGCCAUGACGUUCUGCUCAUGAUAUUUGAGCAGUUCCCUUACGAUGAAUGCCUGAAACUUGCCACCUUAUCUCGACGCCUGCGAGCCGUUCUCCUCCCAGUCAUAUACCGAAGGCUGGGGUGGGCCCCCGGUCUUGUUGACUUUCCGCCGCGAAGGAUUUUACCAUUUACCCGAGUGUUCACACUCGCUGGACAUAACAUCCGUAGUUUCACUUCGGCCCAACACGCAACCAUCGCAUCUCAAUUCCGAGACGCGUUCCCUAUUAUGAAAUCUCUACAUACCUUCAUCCUGGGCGGGAAUGUCGCAGAUGGGUUGUGGUCGGAGUUACUCGAUGCCUUCGCCGUCUUGUCCAACCCAAUCGACCUAAUUGUCCACGCUCCCUGGCAGCCGGACGACGACGAGGAGGAACCAAUAAAAUUGGAACCAAGAACAACAACGCUGCCUCUACGCCGCUUUUCGUUCACUGUUCCCUUCAUUUUCGAUGUCUUGGAUCGUGAAAUGGCGCGUAGGCUGCCAGAUGUGCUCAAGCUCGAAAUCCAGAACAUUCGCGUGAUUUUGGCGGCCUCUGUACCAACCAUGGCCCAAGUCGAGAUUCCUGGAGAGCUCAUAUCGGCUCUGGAUGGCCCGGUUUGGACAUCAUUGACAGAAUUGUAUCUCAAUGGUCUUUGGCCGACCUUCGAUGGUGCUGAAGGAAAAUUCCCAGAUGUUGGGCCCUCUCUAGAACACACUUCGUCAACACCAUUGGGUGUUGUGGCUUGGACAAGUUCUAUUGAGUCUUCCGACGCCGCAAAGGAUCCUUCCGUUCCAACGGAGGGCCCUCCGCCUUCACCUGCGAUAUCAAAGGCGGAGAAUGAACCAAAUCCAGUUCACGUACCCGAACUACCUGACACCUUCACGAGCACAUCGAAAGUCAUGGAAUCGUCCUCAACUCCAUCACUUACAACAACAGCAAACCCGCCAGAGAACGCCUCUCACCAACCGCCUUCUACUUCAUCGACCAAAGCCUCUCUGAUUCUGUCAAUACUGGAGAGAAUGCCCAACCUCCGCCUUUUGAAUAUGAUGCUUGUAUUUCAGAAAGCCGAUGGCCCAGAAUCUGAGUUACCAAUCUGCAGACCUGACAGGUCGCCCUCACUUCCAUUUCUUCAGCGUCUUACCCAAUUUCAAGCGACCUGCCUCCCGAAUGAUGACCGAAUCAUCGACUUUCUGCCACCGAGUCUGGAACUGCUUUCGUUACGGAGGUAUCCGCUCUCGCUGGAGGACGGGAUGCGUCGGGUCUGGGUCACACCUGAAACACUUCUAAAUCUAUUAAAGCGGGCUGAAUUACCCAAUUUAACGACACUACGAUUCUGGUAUCUGAUUGGCUCGAAAGAGGAGCUGGAACACGAGAAACCACUGUUGGACCUUCUCCCCAAACUAUUUCCCCUUGUCCAACACCUAGAGUUUAGCCGGAAGUGGGACCAUUUCUCUCCAAUGCUGGAAGGGUGUCAGUGGGACCCAAUGCCCAUUGUCUGCGACUUCUUUUCUCGUUUUAAACACCUCAAGUCGAUUCUAUUCGAUGCCAGUCUCCCGGAACGCUAUGGCUGGCCGCCAGAGUCCUACCCGUCGAGUGAUUUCCGUCAAAUGGUUGGCCGACUCCAUGGUAUGGCCGGCGAGAUCGUCAAUGCCGCGCCAUGGGUGAAGAGCAUUGGGAUGUAUCGGGCGUUUGGCAGCGACGAGGACCUAUAUUGGGAAGUAUGGGAUGUUGUUUCUGCUCCAGAGGGCAAAGUCGCUCUGGAUCGCCCGCCACCACCAAUUGUUGAUUCGAUAUUUUAUCCGUAG